AAGAAUUCGGCCUAUGGGAAGCUGGGUGCUGCUUGGCCAAGUAACAGGGUGUCAGAGGGGACAACUUUUCAACACGCUGUUGGGUCUUGCCAGAGAUCGGAGUCAUUCCCAAUGUGCUUCGUGGUUUCUGUUCCCCAGAACAUGUCUCUGUCGUGUUUCUAUAACCCGCACUGUGGCACCAUGAUGCAUGCCAAUGGCCACGGUGAAGUGUGGACAGACUGGAACAGCAUGUCCAAGUUUAUCCAGUACGGCUGGAGAUGCACGACCAACGAGGAUGCUUAUUCCAACAAAACCCUGAUGGGGAACUGGAACGAGGAGCGGUUCGAUAUCCAAAAAAUUGUGCAGCCCAAACCACUCCCUUCUCAGUAUGCUCACUAUUUUGAAACCAUUUAUUCAUCUGAUUACAACAAGGAGAAGCAUCACAGCCCAAGAAGAUUUAAACGAGAGCCUCACUGGUUUCCUGGACACCAGCCUGAGCUGGAACCCCCUCCAUUCAAACCUCCUGCACGGUCCUGCUACAUGAUCGACUAUGAGCCUUCUCAAGGGAAAGCUCCCCUUGUUUGUGUUGAAGUCCCAAGAAAAGAACAGGAAGGGACACAGCAGAAAGAGUAGAAGCAGAGCAAGUCUCCAGGCCUGUGGUUAGACCAGUAAACCUGUGUGCCAGUGCUGCUUAUAGGCUGCCCUUCCAAUUAUAACGCGUUUCUGAUAUUAAAACCAACCAGAGUGGAAAGCUGUGGUUCAUGUGACAUAGUCCCAGGACAGAGAGCUCCAGGAGCAUUCUUAAGCUGUAGCAGGGUUCAGUCUGUAACUGCCGAUUUAAAUGUUUGACUGGUUAUUUUUUCCACAAAAUCUAAGCAAAUAAAUGUUAACCUUCUUCUGUCA